AUGGUGAAUGCAGCAAGUGGAGGAGGGCUAGUGAAUAAGACUCCAGGAGAUGCAACUAGGCUGAUUGCAGAGCUAGCAGAAAAUUCUAGGCAAUUCAGUCAGAGAACUCCCACGCGCCGGGUGAAUGCAGCAAAUUCGAAUACAACUGAGUUAGAGAGUCAAGUAGCUAAUUUGACUUCUAUGAUGCCAAAACAUGGUGCAAUUCCAGCAAGGAACCAAAUCCAGUAUUCAGAAUUUGGAAAGUUAAGUGAGCCAAAUUUCAAGUGCACUUUGAAAGAAAAAAAGAGGUAUGAGAAAGACAAAGACAUCUAUGAAACAUUCUGCAAGUGUGAGGUAAACAUUCCCCUUUUGAAUUUAAUAAAAAGUGUUCAUCGAUUUGCUAAAUUUUUGAAAGAACUGUGUACUAUAAAGAGGAAGCACAGGUUAGGAGGGAAGGAAAAAGUGAAAGUGAGUGCUCAUGUUUCUGCAGUUUUCCAAAAGAAACUUCCUGAAAAAUGCAGUGAUCCUGGUAUGUUUACUGUUCCAGUUACAAUAGGGGACACCACUUUUCAUAGAGCUAUGUUGGAUUUGGGUGCAUCAAUUAAUGUUAUUCCAUAUUCCCUGUUUAAAUCUUUAAAACUUGGACCUUUACAUGGAACUGGGGUAGUGAUUCAGUUAGCGGAUAGGUCUAAUGUGUAUCCUAAGGGGGUGGUGGAAGAUGUGUUGGUUAAGGUUGAUGGUUUGAUUUUUCCUGCUGAAUUUUAUGUGCUUGACAUGGAACAUGACAAACAAGCAGUCCCCAUCUUGUUAGGAAGACCUUUCUUGAAGACUGCUAAAACAAAAAUCGAUGUGUCUACCGGUUCCUUGACUAUGGAGGUUGAUGGGAAAGCAAUUGGGUAUAACAUUUAUGAUUCCAUAAAGUAUCCUGUCAACACUCAUUCUUUAUGUUCUCUUAAUGUUGUCGAUCCAAUGGUGCAUGAUGUUCCUAACAAUGAUCGUGGGGAUGAGUUCCUCACACCUAUAACUAAUGUUGUAUCUGGUGAUUGCUUGGAUUUCUCUAUGCCUACUAAUGUGCAGGUGAAGGUGGGGGAAUUGAAUGAACAUUCCAAGCUUCCACCUAUACCACCAGGUUCAACAAUCGGCCCGUCUGCAAUUCCGGGCAAGAAAUUGUCCCAUUUAUACCACAAAGCAAAGAAUAGGUUGUGGCAUGACAAGAUGAUUGCUAGGAAGAAGGUUAAAGUCGGUGAAAAAGUGGAGGCCUUGGGAGCAAUUUUUAUGCGCGAAACGCAGCAAAAACAGAGCAAAACAGAGACAAGGGGGGCUUUCCCUGCAGAAGCUGCUGGCAGCUGCUCUGCAGCCGCUACCAGCGGGUCUUCUUGCAGCCCAAACCCCUUUGUUUCUGUCCCAGCCGCUGGUAGCUGCUCCUGA